AUGGAACUAUCUCACCUGUCGACCGAGUCUUUAAAAGACGUGGACCUGUCGCUGACGGACGUGGAAGACCACACCCUGCACGACGUUUCCUCCGUCGACACCGCCCACAGAUACCUCAAGAGCAACGACUCCCACUCCACCUACCCCCCCUUCAACAUGGACGCGCUGGACCACUCCAUCAAAGGCGAUUUCACUCACAAGGCCGAGCCGUGCGAAAGCGACUACACUGGGGACGCGGAAACCACCUUUGGCAGCGACGGCCCCACAGUGGUGUACAAGUCGUACAAGCGACGAUGGUUUGGAAUCGUGGCGCUGGUUCUGCUGAACAUUGUCUCGUCCUGGGGCUGGCUCACGUUCGCCGCCAUCUCCAACCUGGUGGUCGACAAGUUCCACCUCAGCAGUGAAGCCCCUGUCAACUGGCUGUCCACCGUCAUCCUGUUCGCCUUCUGCCUGACCCCUCCCGCAGUCUCCUGGGUGCUUCACAAGUACAAUGUGCGGGGAGCUCUAUUUGUGUCGGGCAUUUUUGUCAUUUGCGGAAACUGGGUCAGAUACGCUGGCUCCAAGACCAACAACUUUGGCGCCGUCAUGUUUGGACAGAUUCUCAUUGGUUUCGGCCAGCCUUUUGCCCUCGGAGCCCCCUCCUACUUCACUGACCAGUGGUUCACCUCAAAGUCUCGAGUCACCGCCAAUGCCCUGGCCUCUCUCUCCAACCCUCUCGGUGGAGCCAUUGCCCAGCUCGUGGGCCCCGCCAUGGUGGCGGCCGACCCCACCCAGUUUGAUAUGUUCAUCCUGGUGACCGCCAUUGUGUCUACCGUGGCUGCUGCCUCCACGCUACUGGUGCCCAAGGAGCCCCCCACCCCUCCUUGUCCCUCUGCCACCAUUGAGAAGCUGCCGCUCAAGGAAUCGCUGUUCAAGCUUGUCAAGUCGCGGUACUUUGUCACCGUCUUCUUCCCCUUUGCCAUCUACGUCGGUUUCUUCAAUGCCUUCUCCACUUUCAUUAACCAGAUCAUGCUGCCCUACGGUUACUCCGAGGAUAAUGCUGGUAUUGCCGGAGCUCUGCUGAUUUUUGUCGGUAUCGUGUUCACCCUCAUCAUCUCCCCCAUUGUCGACCGGUUCCACUUCCAUCUGUGGCUCAUUCGAAUCUGUGUGCCCAUCAUCGCCGCCUGCUACAUCGGAGCCAUCUUCAUGUCCACCAAGGAGGGCGACGACCAGCUUGCAGGCCCCUUUGUUGUCUGCGCCAUUCUCGGAGCAUCGUCGUUUGCACUACUACCCACUUUCCUGGAGCUCAUUCCCGAGCAGACCUCUCCCGUCUCCCCCGCCGUGUCCUCCAAUAUUUUGUGGGUUGGUGGCCAGUUCUUCGGAGCCAUUUUCAUCAUUUGUAUGGAUGCUCUCAAGUACAACGAGACCCAGGGCGAUCCUCCCGGAAACAUGCGACGGGCCCUCAUUUUCCAGGCCGUCAUUGCUUGCGUUGGAGUCAUUCCCAUGCUCUUCAUCCCCGCUCUUCCUAGCAGUCGUAUUGACAUGGAUCGAAAGCGGUAA